AUGGAGAAAGUUGCCAACAGUACACCCUCUUGUCAAAGCAGGCCAAGAGGACAUGCCCCAAGACCUCCGCUGCGACCAAAGAAAAAUGCUCUUGACUCUCUCAAGAAGAAUGUCAAAACUCCCUUUGGCAAAGUGUCAGCAGCCUCCCUGACGGUUGAGGGAGAAGGCGCCAGAACCAGCAGCCCCUCUAGAGUGUCCAAGCUGCUUGAGGCCUGGGAGAAAGGACUUGUGGGGAUGGACGUCACUGGCCCAGCUCCUUCAGCCGAAACCAGGCCCUCCCAUUCUCCCAUACCUACCAGGCGCUUACUUUCAGCCCCAGAUGAUGCCCACUCUUCUCACCCCGCCAGUUCCAAGAAUUCUGUUUCACCAUCCAACUUGGCCUCAGUAGAUGCCAAGCAACGCCUUUCUCCAGCAAAUGCCAGGAAGUCUUGUUCUCCAGCAGGGAGAAGGCAAUCCCCUUUCUCAGAGGAUGCCAAGCAGUCCUCUUCUCCUAGUCCUCAGCGUCCUUCUGGUACAGCAGAAAGCCAGAGGUCCCACUGUCUGGGAGGUGGGGCGCAGCCUCCCUCCCUAGCACCAACGCAGCAGCCCCUUUCCCCAGCCAAGGCCAGGCAAACACAGGUGCCCCCCUUGCCAGCAGGCAGCAGCCAUUCACAUUCUCCAGUAGGGAGGAGAUAUUCGCCUUCCAGAACAGAGAACCAGUCCUCCUCUUCCCUGGAUGAUACCCAGCACUCAUCCUCCUUGUCAGAAAACAGGUCCUCCUAUUCUGUGGCAGAUAUGAGGCGUUUCUAUUCUGGAGGAAGCAUCAGACAGCCACCUUCUCCAGUUUCUUCAAUGGUGGAGACCAAGCAGCCAUUCACCCCAGCAGACAGCAGGAGCGUGUCUCCCUCAUCAGAUGCCAGGAGCUCACCUUCCCCAAUAGGUGCAAAGCGUUCAUCACCCUCCUCGGACACCAGGUGUCCAUUCCACCCACCAGUCAAUGGAUGCUCUUCCUCCUCUGCAAGUGCCAGGUGCUCAGCUUCCCCAGCAGAGGUCAACUGCUUGCCUCCUCCACCAGAUGUCAUACCUUUAUCCUCCCAAGCAGACAGCUGGCAUUCUUUGUCCAAAAUGGACACUGAGGGCUCACCUGCCCUGGUGGAGCCUAGAGGCUUCUCUUCCACAGCAGUUGAGGGGCAUUCCUGCUCUCUCAGUCCACGGAGAAAUUUUACAGCUCAUGGGCCUGUGUUUGCUCAAGUUUAUUCCCGGCCUCCCAAGCCGAAGGACCAGUUGAGGACAGAGGCGCAAGAUGGCAAGAGUACCAGAGUUACUGAAUCACCGGGAACAACUCUCUGUCAUGCUGCUGUUCACAGUCCUGGAGAUGCUGGAUUUCCAAAAGAGAACCAUGUCACAAACACUGAUGGUCUCCAGGAAGAGAAGAAUCUUGCUGUUUCUCCUGACAGUAUUGGUGGAACCAUGUCCCAGAAGGAAAGCCAUAUGCUAAAUGGUGAUUGCUCCAUGGCAGACAGUAGAUCCUUGAGGGAAAGCAAGUUGCCUGGUGCCAUUGCUCUUCGAUCCUCAGCAGAAAGUUCUCCAUCCAGCACCCUCAAUGCUACUUCAUUCUCUGGAUCCUCAGGGGGAAAUCACAUAUCCUCUGCCACAAGCACUAAAUUUUUUGAGGAGCCUUGUGUGUUCAAGCCAGUGCCUCAUGUUGUGAGUUCCAGCACUGUAGCCAAAUCCCAAACCCAGUGGUAUGGGCCCAAGGGCAGCAGUGUGGUUGUCUUGAGAGCCAAACAACAAGUCAUUGUGCCCCAACCUGGAUACUCUACCAUUUAUCAAGCCGGGCGAGAGAUUAUUCUGUCUGCCCCUGGAUCAGGGAACCCCAGCCAGGGCUGGCAAGAGAAGUCCCCUGCUCCAAGCUCCACCACCAGCAGUCUGCUGGAAGAAAACAGGCAAACCCAGGCUGAUCUCCCUGAUGCUGAGUCCCACCAAAGAAUCCACUCCUCCUUCCCCAGAUCUUGCAUCUGCUCCAUGCCAGAGUCACAGCCGGAGAAUGGCAUGACUCACUCUCAAAAUGCCAGUGUGAUGGAUGCCCAGAGGCCAAGGUGUGUGCUUGUGCCGAGCCCUGCUUGCGCGUCAAACAGAGAGGCUACCAUAGUCAGGGAGGGAGUAACUCCCUUCAGCACACCCCAGAGAGACUGCAGCUUGCCCAGCAAAUCUGCCUCCCAGAAGCACAGCAACCUGUUCGCAGGGAGCAGGUCUGAACCAGAGCAAGGCAUGCCCAAUGCAGGAGACCCAAUAGCAAAUGGGUCAGAUCAAGAGAGCAGCUUGUUAGGCGUGGGAAAAGCCAGCUUGACUGCAAACAGAAGAAAUAAGGGCCCGUUGGACGCUGCAGGCGAAACUGGAAUCUCUGUGGCAUCUCAGCAAACUUCUCCAGGGCAUCAUGAAGCCAGAACGCAGGAUGAACUAAAGGAAGAACAGCAGACUGCAGGCAAAGGUUCUCCAGUAUUUGCACCAGAACAAAAGGGUCCCCCUGAUGGUACGCUAACUUCCUUGUCAUUGCCUGAACCUCCAAGGGGAAACACCAGAAGCAGCAACCAGACAUCAGAACAGGAACCUGAGGAAGUGGAAAUGGAGCAUUUUGUAGACACCCUACGCAACAUGGACCCUGCUGACCUCCGGAAGCCCUCAAAAGUCCUCCUGAGGCCUCCACGCCCUUCUAUCCUUGCCAAGCCCAAGGUCCUUCCACCUAUCGACGAGAACCACAUCACUCCCAAGUCGAAGGUUCCUCUCCCAGCAGCAUUAGGUGAGCUGUUUGUUCUGACUGAGGCAAACUCAGAGAAGGGAACAGGACCCAAGGGGGAGGAGCCAGGAUGGGCAGAAGAAGACACGGAGGAGAUUGAGAACCCUUAUCUCAGUAAAGAAGAUAAAUCGUGGGAUUGCAGCAUAGACAGGAGAUCUUACUCUUGGGAAAACCAGCAAUACAAGACUGAGGAGGAGAUUGGGGCUUUUCUUGGAAAACUCCAGCGAAGCCCAGGAGAUACCAAGGGCAAAGUUAUUGCCCCCAAAGCUAUUGUGAAUCAGACCAACUUGAUUAGAAGCAAUAUUCUCAAAGGGACCUCUCUUUUGUCCAACUUCGUAGACCGAAGGGUUGUGGAAGGCAAGCCUUAUUCUCGCUUGGACAACAGCUUUCUCUAUAGCAAGUUCAUCUCCCCAGAAAAGGCUGAAUUCAAGGCCCCGACAAAAAGGAAGAAAAUGAGCUCAUUUGUCCAAAAAAUCAGUAGAGAGUGCCAGAUGUCUGCAAAUGGGCAUCAGGAGGAUGCUGUGCACAAGGGGUUAUCACCAACUGCACUCCACUUCAGGGCACCAGAUACCAAUGGCAACUCCAGGCAGAUUAUUCUUCUAUCCAAGGAAGCAGAAACCUUGACCCAGUCAGAAAUUCAGGAAAAGAAGCCUUUGAAGAUUAACAAGCGUCCCAGCAAGAUCAUUUUAUACUCUGAGGCAGGCUUUGGAGGGCAGAAAAGAGAAAUCUGGAGUGAUGUCCCAGAUGCCACUUCCUGGGAACUUGCAAGCACAAUCUCCAUUCAGGUGGUCCGAGGAGGCUGGCUGAUGUACGAAAAGCCCAGAUUCCACGGGCGGAAGUGUGUGCUGGCUGAAGGGAAUGUGGAAAUCGCUAACCCUUGGAGAAUGUACUGCAAGAAAGAGUCAGAAAGAGAGAAUGCUCCAUUCCGUAUUGGUUCUCUCAAGUGGGUUGUGCAGGAUUACAGACUCCCCGAGAUCAGUUUUUUUUCAGAGGAAAAUGGCGAAGGGAGAAAACAGAGAUUCAGCGAUUCUGUGGAAGAUUCACGAACUUAUGGCCGACCCUUGAAGGCAGCAUCUAUCAUUGUACACUCUGGCCUGUGGCUCGUUUAUUCAAAACCAUUCUUUGAUGAUGACCCAUAUGUCUUAGAACCUGGUGGGUAUCCCAGUUUGCAAGCCUGGGGGGCAAAGGACCCCUCCAUUUGCUCCAUGCACCCAAUUAAACUGGGUUCCCCUGUUGUUGAAAACCCUGCAGAGCCCAAGGCUCUAAUUUUUGAGAGGCCACAUUUUCAGGGCCGUAACUGGGAAGUAAGUCGAGAUAUUUACAACUUAAAGAAGCCAGAAAACAACCAGGAUUCCAUGAUGUCUACUGCCGGUUCUCUGAAAAUCACGGGAGGCUGUUGGGUUGGCUAUGAGAAAGAAGGUUUUCGUGGCCAUCAGUACCUACUGGAGGAAGGAGAAUACUGUGACUGGACAGAAUGGGGUGGCUCUAAUGAAGAACUGGUGUCGCUGCGGCUGAUCCGGACAGACUUUCUGGACCCAGCCCUUGUCCUUUUUGAAGCCAUGGAUUUUGAAGAUGGCCCCAGUGUUGAGCUCAGUGAAGCUCUGCCAGAUGUUGAGCUGGCCAGCUAUGGGACUGUGACACAAUCCAUCCAUGUCCUGAGUGGAGUGUGGGUAGCCUAUGAAGGCAAGAAUUUCAGUGGGGAGCAAUAUAUUUUGGAGAAAGGGGUGUAUCGCAACUGUGAAGACUGGGGAGCAAGCAACUGCCGGAUUGCCUCCGUGCAACCUGUCCAGCAGGUUGGGGAAUGCAACUUACACUUCGUUUCUGAGAUCCAGCUCUUCUCAGAUCCUGAUUUAUUGGGGAACUCCAUGACUUUUAAGGAGGAUCAAGCAUCACUUCCAGAGAACUUCAUCCUCAGUUCCUGCAGGGUCAAUGGAGGCAGCUGGAUUCUUUAUGAUGACCACCAGUUUGACGGUGAGCAGCACAUUCUCUCAGAAGGCGAGUAUCCAUCGCUGACCUCCAUGGGUUGCAGCUUCACCACGGUUAUCCACUCUCUGAAGAAAGUCCCUAUUUUCUUCUCUGAGCCUUCCAUCUUCCUGCAUGGACUGGAGUGUUUCGAAGGGAAGGAGAUUGAGCUGAAUGGUGAAAUGCGCAGCCUGAAAGCCGAAGGGUUCAAUAAUCACGUGCUCUCUGUCCGAGUAAAGGGCGGGAUCUGGGUGCUGUGCGAACACAGUGACUUCCGAGGCCAUCAGUGGCUUUUGGACUGCACGGAGAUCACCAACUGGCUGACAUAUAGUGGGAUUCAACAUAUUGGCUCCCUCUACCCCAUCAGGCAGAGAAGGAUCUAUUUCCGACUAAAAAACCAAGAGUUGAAGUCCUUCCUCUCUGCCCCAGAUGAUGUUGAAGACAUGAAAGCUGGACGAGUUCUGGUUUCGGAGAUCAAUGACAAGAACAGCUGCAUCUGGUACUAUGAAGAGGGACUUAUGAAGAACCAAGUUGCACCUAAUAUGAGUCUCCAGGUGAUUGGUCAGGCUGGGAAGGGCACCAAAGUGGUAUUAUGGUCUGAGAGCCGAGUGCCCCAGCAGACAUGGAGGAUUGAUUCAUUUGGGAGGAUAUGCAGCCAAAUGUUUGAUGAUAAAGUCCUAGAUGUGAAAGGAGGCAGAACCUAUGACCAGGAUCAUGCUGUCAUCUGGGACUCAUCUGAAGAGAGACCCACACAGAUUUGGGAUGUUCAGCUGCUGUGAAGAAGGCAGGAAUGGGAUCAUGAGUAGAACAGGAGCUCGCCUUGCAAGUCAUCCAUGUUUUUUCGUGAACAAGUAGCAUUUUGUUUGGGAUGGAAAAUGAUAACCACGUGGGUGCUGUUUUGAGUCAGCGUAAGCCAUCCUUCCUUUCCCAAAGCUCACAGUCUGAAAAAGCACAAUUGUUUAAUAGUACAGAUCUGAGACUGACUUUCUCAGUCUUCUUGCACUGGACAUUUGUUUCCAUGCCUUUUUUUUUUUUUAGCUGCCCAGAGUGAUACUUUCCAAGGUGCAGAUUACUGUAGCAUUCCAAGAGGUGAGUCAUUCACUGCUGGACAGGACUGGGAGCAGCAGCUCAGUUGCUCAAGCAGGAAGAGGUAUCCCCAGCUGGUUUGGAUAUUUAAAGAGAAAUCUAAUUAACAUAAGAACCUAUAUAGGCAUGCAUGAUCAUGCUUGUCCUUUUUACUCUUUUUAUUCUAAGGGAAAGGCCUUCCUACCUUAAAAAUUCUAUUUAUGUAACUAUGUACAGUAGGCUGCUUUUAUAAACUUAUCUCUCUCUGGUGGA